GAUCUCGAGCAAACAUUUUGGAAUAUUAGUUGGCUGUCUUCAUGUUAGAAGACAAGUUUUGAGACGUUUAUAUCUUUGAGUCUCCCACUCAACUUGAACUUAACAUUCGUCACAGGGGAUCCAUUGUUUUCCAUAUUUCUGUGAGUGUUUCUGAAAUGUAUUUUGAAUCUGUCCAGAAUCUUAGUGAUCAAAAGCCAGGACCUUAUGUACCUUUAAACCUGUCAAAGAGAACCCAAAAAACGGGAAAAUAUAUGUGGAAAAGUCUUUAAAUUCCAAUCUUAAACAGUCUCCAUACCAGUGGGUGAUCUUUGACCCUCAUUCACGCUCCCUGUCACUUCAGCUUGAAGGCACGGCAACAAAGAGACGCUUUUGUGUGUCCGGAAUCACUCUUCCGUGCACAUUCUCUGUCAUCGUUCUGUCUCAUAGGGGGCUGAUCGCUAGGAAGGACUAUGUCAGAAUAUGUUUGAGACAUGGGGAUGUUGUGGCCAGAAAUGUUAAUCACCAACACCGUCACAGUUGUCAAAUAAUGGAGGAAGUCCGGGCUUUGGAACCGCAAAUUAAACUGUCAUUUCAUGCUGCAAGAAUUACUUCAGUCGGUGCCAGCGAACUAUCCAGGGCUCCCGUUUGUGGUGAGAUUAGCUGUUGUAGGACAAGUCUGGACAGAAAUGUUGGAAGCAGUGCAACAAGAGAGCGAUGAAAAUGAACCUUGUUUGAAUUUGAUUGUUCUUCAAUUGACUGUUGUGCUGGAGAAAAUCUUUGGCCACAAAUCAGGUCUCCAAUUUAAAUUUCCAGUUCAUGUUCAACUGUUUGAGCGAUUCUUGAAUGCAAAUCAUAAGAAUCAAAUCUGGGAUAGUGGUGAAGCAGCUAUAUUACUAUAUAUUAUUUGUGACUAAAAUUAUGUCUGAACUUGCACUGUAAACAUUGCUCCCUCUUCGUCUUGCACCCUCGCACUAAACUCAUCGCUGCUUCUUCGUGGCUUUCGCAGGCUUUUACAGUGAUGUUGCGUUCACGUGUCAAACCUCAGAGCCGUCGUUGUCAGCUCAGGAACUGAUAACCACACUGUUUGCUUAACUCUUAACAAAUAUGCAAGUGAAUGUUGGGGCGAUCUAACAGCAGAAGUGUCAGUUAUUUGAACCUUGGUUCUUGAAUUGUGUUUGAAUUUCCUACAUAAAAUGAACCUCCGCAGAGUUCAUAAUAACAUGAUUAUUUGUUUGUCUAUGUUCAAAAUAACUUGAAAAGUUAUCGACGGAUUUGGAGGAAAUGUGUGCUUAAGCAAACUCCUCUGGCUACAUGUUUUAUGUUGGCUCCAUAUUUUGAUGAUAUACUGCUGACUGAACCAAUAAUUUUAAACAAACUAAUAGAGGUCAUAUUUUAGUAUGAAAUAACUCGAUAAUUACCAGUAAAAUACACUUAAUAUAAUUUUCUCCACUGUUCUUGUAUUGAAACACCUUUGUCAUUGGUGUAAGAGUGGCACAUUUAUAUAUAUAUAUGGAAAAUUGAAGUAAUAUCACACAGUGGCGCACAUUCUGACCACUCUCAUUUUCAGUGUUAUUUUGACUGAUCCAUUCCUGUUAUCGAUGAGUAAGACACUGUCAGUCUGAAUCACAUAACAGUACAAAAAAAUUACAAUGUAAUGUCACAAGUAUCAGCCAGUGUCGAUACACAGCACAAGGUAAAGAAGGUGAGAAAUGCUGUCUGUUGCACCGGUGCUCUGAGCUGCCCACUCACUCGAGCUCAUAAACCCACACUCGGUUGGGAAGGGAAAUUCUUGGUCCUGUGCUGUGACAAUAGACAGGGUCUGCGGGCGGAGCCAUGGCUUUGGUUUACAUCUCUCCAGUCCAAACAAAUAUCGGGGGAAGUGCCACAUGAAUGAUUAAAGAAUUGCUUUGUCUAAUGUAUAGAAACAUUGUCAUCACACAGUUGUGUGUUAGUAGUGCGAAGGAGAGUUUGUUCUGGAAAGUGGAAGCUCCUCUGUUUUCACACACGCAGCAAGUGUCCUGUGGGUGGGGUGACGGUCAUGGACCUCCUCAUCAAUGGUGUGUCUAUGGUCGUGCAGCUGUUGUGAGCUGUGUGUGGAUGAGGCGAGCCUGAGUCACUGAUGCUGAAUGUUAAACAGUUUCGUCAGAGUUUUAUCUGUCAUCGUUCAGCCUUUGUAAGAGAACAUUUUGCUGAUGGAUAAACUGCGCUUUGAGUGUUCACAUUGGCAACGACUCAUGUUUUUGGUCGACGAUAGAGACCCGCAGUCAACGAUGCUUACUGAUAAUGGUCAUGAUUCUGUUUUCCGAAGAACGCCAGUAGCCAACACAUGUAACUGACUUCCUCAUGUCAGUUACAUGUGUUUAACUUUUGUUUUGACAAUUCAAGUAGGUCAAAAAACCACAAAGUGUAUAACAGCUUAUCCAUUCUUUUUCAUCCAACAAUGGCAAAUAACAGAGAUGAAAAAAAAAUAUAUUAGCUUUGGCGUUCUGAAGGAGGAAGUGUCCUGAAGAAGCUCGGCAGACUCACUGACUCUUGGAAAACCCCUUCCAUUAUCACAUCUAUAAUGAGGCAGAGUGAAUAAAUGUUAAGUAAACGUUACAAAAGGCAAUGUCUUUAAUAUGAAAUGCGUAGCUUUUCAUUCCCUUUUCAAUGAACAAUGAACAGAUCAACCCCACAAUGUAAACUUCAGUCAUCGCUUCUUGAAUACCGGAAUGUCGCCUUAUAACCCGACGGACCGCUCCUUUUUUCAUCGACUACAUGUCCAGGGAAGGAGUCCAGGUUCGCUAUUUGCUGCUGAUAGCUCCGGUCUUCCAUAACAGAACACGCCUGCUCAUCCAAAAACUAUGAACUCCAUCAGCUUUGGUUGCACCUGUGGUUCGCUCCAGUUAGCUUUCUCAUGUAAUCUUCUUCGUAGUGUUCGAAUUUGGUGCAAGAGUCUUGUUUUACCACUCUGGGGGAGCACGUGUUGUGAAAUGCAAUUCGGUUGUCAUUUUCUUUGAUGGAGAAGUAUUGGCGAAUUACUGCAAUCAUGAAUUGCUGGCUUGCUGUCUGUAGCUGCAGGUCUCCAGCAUCAGAAGAAAUACUGUGAUUUUCCAUUGAAAUGCCUGCGUUGUUCUGUCAUUUUUACAUUGUGAUGUCAAUAUUUUAUAACAUAGCUCAUCAUUUGUGACUUGCUCGGCCAACCAUGAUGACGUCAUAAAUGCCCAUAUUUGGCUUUACUCUUUUUUCCUCAACAGUUGGAAACUCAAAUUUUUGGUUGAAUCUCGCACCUCAUUGUGGACAUGAAGUUAAAUUCUUCACAUCAGGAUAUGUGACUUUGAGAGGACAAUGUAUGUAUUCUCUCGCAGUAACCUUGUCUUCAGGCCAUCUUACGUGUAAAGUUUGAUAGAUCACCCUUUGCUUUGGUGACAACAAUGAAGACUGUACAAGCCGACACCAUGAGGAAUAGGUUUGUCUUGAUGGUUGUCCUCAACGCAGUUCUAGCCUCAAGCCUCGGCGACCGGGACCUAAGCUUCUGUGGUACCUGGCACCACAGCAGAAUCCCACUGCACCUGAACUUCAACCUGACGUCUGGCUGCGGCAGCAUCCUCAUAUCAGCCAAUGAAAACUCCAUGUCUGUUGAGGGUCAGAUCGCAGCUCAGUGUCAACAGUCUGGGCGGCUUGACCUUGGCCAGUAUGGGCUGGACACUGAGGAGGACAGUCACUUCUGUCUGUACUAUGAGCCUCUGCUGGACCAGUUAAAGCUGCAGGUCAAAAGGAUGAACCUCACUCUCUGCCCUCCCACCAACUCACUGCCACCGUUCUGCUGUACUGCUCUCGCCCAUGGGUCUAACACCCCCAAUUCAGAGUUUGGUAUCAUGGACGGAUCAAUCCGGGGUGAUAUCAUCAGCCCAGACAUGAGGGAAGCCUUUGAAAUUACGGAUGGAAUCCGUGUCCCAUGUGAGAGUCUCUGUCACGAGGGCGACUGUGGAUCCACCCAGGCCAACGUGUCCACUGACAACGAGCCAGAGCUUCCUUUCACGCUCAGGUUGGAGGUGAAGAUGGAAGAGAACUUUCAAGGCCGCACUUUCACUUCAACUAUCAGGGAGGGUGAAUCCCCAGACACUGCGACAACGGUCCACCUACCGUCUGUUCUUCGGAAGGCAGUCAAGAGCAACAACAGAGUUGUCUGUGCCUUCUUCAAAAACAGCUCUAUUUUCCAAGGCAGCCAUCAUCAAGCCACCAUUUUGGAGGACGUGGUGGAGAUCACAGUGGAAAACGAAGUCAUCAAAGAUCUCAGCGAGCCAAUCAAGAUCAACUUCACUCACACUGUCAUCCCUAAGACGCAUUCGAGGACAUGUGUGUCAUGGGACACCAGAAAAGAUCCACAGAAGGUGACCUGGUUGAAGGACGGAUGUGAGACAGUGCGACACAGAGACAAUCAGACUGAAUGCCGCUGUAACCACCUGACCUACUUUUCCAUUCUGGUGCAACUGGAGCCGAAGCCAGUGCGCCACUUGCUGGCUCUGACUGCCAUCACGUCUCUGGGCUGUGCCGUGUCUGUGAUCAGCUGCAUUACACUCAUUGUCUACCUCUGUAGAAAGAGGAGAGCCAAAGAGCAAUCCACGCACAUCCAUCUCCGUUUGGCCGCCUCCCUGGCUUUGCUGAACCUGCUCUUCUUCCUGACUGGUGUCCUGGCUAAUGUGGGAGGAGCACAGCUGUGCUCAGUGGUGGGCGCGGCGCUGCACUACGCGCUGCUCUGCUCCUUCACCUGGAUGGGCAUUGAGGUGUUUCACACCUUCUGGCUGGUCUACAUGGUAUUCAGUCCCAUCCCCAAGAUGCUCAUCUGGAACAUGAUCGGCUUUGCUCUCCCGAUGGUGCCAAUCCUCAUCCUGGCUUUUCUUGGUGAUGUUUACGGCCGGAGAGAGGUGAUGGCCAGCGAGAAUGACACCGACCCCUAUCUGAUGUGCUGGAUGACAACCUCGCCCACCGCGGCUAUGGCUCACUACUUCAUCAACCUGACGGUGCUGGCCAUCCUGGUGUCGGCAGGCUUGGUGAUGCUCUUCCUGGUAUACAGGGAGAUCCGCACCCGGGAGGAGUGGCGCCAAAGACGAGUGGCCUUCCUCAGCAUCUGGGGCCUCAGCUGUCUCUUCGGGACAACAUGGGGUCUGACCUUUUUGGAUUUUGGCCCUCUCUCUGAGUUCAUCCUCUUCCUGUCCUGCAUCCUCAUCUCCUUUCAAGGUUUCUUCUUGAUGCUGAGGUUCUUCCUGCUGGACUCCAUGCGGAAGCAGGCGGGUGGCUCGGCUCUGGGAAGCUCCAGCAGCGGCUCCACCAGACAGCACAUGCUGCAGAACCAGGAGAAGAGCUAGAAGAGAAGAAUCGUCCUUCUGGAAGAAAUACCUGCUGAUCCUACUGCGGGCAGUGACCCAUGCCAUCACUCAGGAAGUGAACCAGGCCUGGAGCCUGAGGUGUAGAACCCCUAGACUGAGUCUAGCGACAGAAGGGAUGUGCACUUGUCUAUUUUUAUUUUUGCUAUAAUGUGUAAUAUAUUUGUUCUUUAGACCGUAGAUAAGCUUUUUGUUUUAAAUUGCGUCCGGUGUACAUUUUAUUUGACUUUGGCUUAGCACUUUAGAUUUUUGAUACGAAAGCAAAAGUAUAUGUAUAUGCUGUGUUCAUGAAAACUGGAGCCCAUUGUUUAUAAAAGCUGUGUUUAUCAGUGAAGUUAAAGCUGAUUCUGCUGCCCAUGGUGACUAGAGUCGUUGCCAGGACAUUCCUAUCCUUAGAUUUGCUUUUUUUUUUAAUUUGGCCAGGAUUAGCUUUGUCUUUGAUGCUGGAGUGUUGGAUACUGUGAUGUUUGCACUUUUCUCUCUGUCUCAAACGUGUAUGCCGCUGAAAUGUAAAUAGUUUAAGACUGAAGGGCAUUUAUUAAAAAUGUUUCAAAUGGUUUCUUGAUGGUUUGACAGUUUUUGUCAAAUUGAGGCUGUUCUGAUGCGCUACAAUAGGUCCACCCAAAAAGACAAGUGAGUAUAAGCUCACACCUCACCUUGUUCCAGAGGUCGUAACCUCUGACCCACAGUCUAUAACAGCUGCGUUCUAAUUGUGCCGUGCUCUUCACACAUAUGC